UUUUAUAAUAUUUUCAAUAUGGCAAAGCUUCACAGAUCAAUAAUUGUUGUUCUAGUGCUGAUUAUGGCGCUUUCAUGAUCGUUUGCACUAAGAUCGAACAAUAUUUUACAAGACAACAAAGUUUCAGUCCCAAAAGUAGCCAAUACAACUGAACCUGCAGGAUCUCUGAGUGCAAAGAAGCAAGAGCCUGGAGUUAUUCACACCCCAGGUGUGAAUAAGAAAUUGAGCCAGCCUGUAUGGGCUUACACGAACUAUAUUGACUGGACCAAAAUGAAGACAUAUGUACAUUCACAGAGAGAGAUUAUUCUGUAUUCUAGCUCAAUCGCAAUCUUGACUGCUGUAUUGCUGGUCUCUAUCAAGGUAAUCAAAUCAAAGUACUACACCAAUAAAUUUAAUGAGAAAGAUCUUUUUAACGCAAGAAGUCUCUUCAAGGCCAAAGGGAGGUUAUCCCAUGAGAAGAGAAGGAAGGAGGACGAAGGCCUGAAGACAAUCCUUGAAGACGUCGAUGAGUCAUGUGAUGUGGAAAACGGUAAUAAAAGAGAAACAUGAAAAACUAUUUAUGAGGAUAGGUUUAGUCAUACUUAUAGCACCUUCUCCGUUCCAGGAAGAAACAGUCACCUUCAUGUGGAUGGAGAGCGUUUACAACAUAAUCUUAGAAGAAAUUAUCAUGAGAGAAAGACUGGUGAAGAACCUGAAAUCAUUAGUGUUUUCUCCACUGAAAAAUCAGAGGAUUACGCUAUACCUCAGAGACAAUUUAUGAAAGCUGAUUUUGGGAAUGAUAAACUCGAAAAAGCUGCUUACUUAAAAGCAAAAGAAAGAGCUCUCUUUGGGAACUUUAAUUCACAAAAUGAUAAUGCUUCAAAACUUCCUGCUCAAGAAGGGGUAAAAUCUCAAAUCAAAAUUGACUUCUCUGAGUCUGGGUCAGAGGAUGAAGAGCUAUCAGACUGUCCAAGGCAGGAUGAUAUUAAUAAUGUAUAUGGCAGAGAUACCAUAGAUCUUAAUGGCCCAAUGUACGAUCCAAUGAUCUUGAAAAAGAAUGGCAAAGGAUGUAUGUCCGAGUUCAGUCAAGCAGAGAGUGAGGCCAAUGAUAUGAACAAAAUUUUAAAUCAUAUGGAAGAAAAGCCAUUCAAAGGUUUUGAAGAGGAUGAUAUCACAAACUCGGUUGAUUCACGUAUCAAUGAAGGAGCUAUGCUAAGAUCAAGGCAUCACAAUAAUGAUAUGGAGGAUCUAUUCUUUUAG